UGUUUUCUUUACUAAUGUAGACUAGAACUACACAUCUUUGGGGGCUUCUGUGACAGCCGAGGAGAAUCAAUAGAAAUAUCAACAAAUGUUUUCAGUAUAUUUCACAAUUGUGUACAUGAGGUUCACCUUGUUACGGCAUGCAUGUCAGAUUUGAAUGAUACAGUCAAGGAUGGUAUACACUGGCCAAUACUCUAUGGUGUAGCCGUCAAUGUCAAAAGCGGAGAGAUCUUUCCAGCAUCCUUUGCUAAUAAGGGUCCUGACAAACCUUUGAGAAGCGUCUACACACUGUUUGGUAACCAUCAUAUGCGUAAUGUGUAUGAUCACAGUACUGGGCUUCACAUGAUCAGUCCGUUCACCUACAGGGCAAUGCCUUACAUUGGCAACUGGCUCCUCCAACCAGACUCUUUCAUCAGAGAGCACCUCUCCACAUCACCGGAGGUUGAGCCUCCUUACUUUGAGGAAGGUAUCCGGGAUGCCAUCCGAUGGGUGACCAACCAUCCCCACCCCACCCUCACCGUCUUCCCUGGCAAUAAACCCAGGGUCUACACCAAGAACCAGCAAGGAGAGUGGAUGGAUUAUUGCCCCCCGCAGACAGCCGAUGAUCUGUCGUCAACGAUGCCAACAUCGUCUUGAUAGCAACGGUGUAAGUUUGCUGCAGUGAUGUGAAAUCACAUUCUGUUGUACUUGGAACUCUCCAAUGUGUAGUCUGUCUGUUACAAGGUAUAUUUAUUGAAAUAUGUAUAUUUGAAUUAUGUAUUUGAAGUUAGACCAAAACCAUUGUGCUUGUGUGUAAAUUAGGCCUCAUCAAGUAUGUUUAUAUGAUAGAAUAUGCAAAAUAGAAUAUAUGAUCAUACUUGCUUGAGAUCUUAUGUGAAUGUAAGCUCAUAUAGGUGUCAAAAUACAUGUAUAAGCAAAUCAAUAUCUAAACUUGAUUAUUCAGUAGAUAACUGAUCAAGUUUUAUGUGGAAAUUAAAUAGAUGUCAGUCUACAGAUCAGUUUUAUCCUCCAUGUUAUAAUGACAUUCAUCUUGACAAUAAUUAUAUUUAUGACAAUAGACAAAUCAUAUACCCUUUAAAUAAUUCUAAAGAGGUAUGCAUUAAUGAACUAAUAAGAGAGAAAUAUACUAUUUGUCUAAAGGCCAAACUAAUAAUGUGGAAAUACAUGUAUAUGUAGGCCAUAAUUGUAGACUGUAUUAGUAGCUAUAUGCCAUGUGAAUGCUGUAACUUGAAUGUGUGUGCCAAAGGAAAAUGAAAAGUGUUAACAAAAAAAAUAUAUAGGUGAGUACCAGCAGUGGGGAUAUACAUGCAAUAUAAGGCAUUUUCUCAGAAAGGCAGAGUGUGUGGAUUGCUAGGUAAUAAAUAUGUGCAUAGUGUGUGACUUAACUACUGUAUAUCAUCAAAGAAAGAAGGAAAUCAUUGCAUGUUAUUACCAAAAAUAUGUGAUUGUUGUAAUAAUAUAUUACGCGGCUGUCAAAUUGCAUUUAUAUAACCGAUGCUGUCAUCUUGUGAGACUUGUGUGAAACACAUCUUGAGCAGUAUACUGGUGUAUGUAUAUCUUGCCUCAUAUAUUUUCAUUAACAACAAAAAGUAUGUAUACCACUACAUGUCAAUUGUAUCAAUGCAUGUUAGACACAGUGAAACUGUGGAUAAUUUACAGUAAGAAAGCUAGGUGUUGCAUUGUUUUAGAGUCAGAAGAAAGUAACGUUUCAUGCUGUUUGAAUUUGACUUGAGCCAUGUCUUGUAAUGAGACACAAUUAUUCUGAAUCAACUGCAAAUCAUCCAAGUAUUUGUGAAUUUAUUUGAAAUUGAGUUAGGAACGGUCCAUUUUGAUACAUGGUAACAUUCGUUGAAAACCCCAAAUUUUGUUACAACAAUUUAUACUUCUACCAGCAAGCCUAACAUUCUUCGCUAAUGCUCUAAUGGCGGACUGAUGGAUAUUAAUACGUCGGAAUGAGUCAGGAGAGCUGAGAUAUUGGACCAAUGAUGUCUCUGCCCGCAAGCAGUAGAUGUUAGGUUUAAAUCCCACUGGUUCCAAGAUUUUUUCUGACUUGUUUUUAAUUACAAGAUCAAGCAUGCAAUCUUUAUUUACUGGGUGCAAGCCAAAAAUCUAAUUACAGCAAGUAGUAAACACUGCUAGACAGGGCUCCACUUACAGUUCAUGCUAUUAUGCAUCAUCAACCUGUGUAGAAAGGCCAGUUGCAUCCACAUGGUAUGGCUAUGUGGAAGCAGAUUUAUGUGUUACAAUACUUGCCAGACUAGCAUGUAGCCCAUUAUUAAUGAUCUUAAUACACAGGUUUCAGAUGUAUGGUGGCUCCUUGGUAGAGCAGUGGGCACAUAUCUGGGAGGUACCAGGCUGCUUGCUUACAAUGUACUUCACAGUCAAACCUGUCUAUAAAGGCCACUCAGGGGAAACAGAAAAAGUGGCCACUAUAGACAGGUGGCAUUCCUAUGCAGGUUCUACAACACACACUUGUUUCUAAAGGGAGACAAGAUGUCAUUAUAGACAGGUGGCCUUUAAAAAGAUGUGAACACUAUUAAAGACAGGUUUGACUAUAUGUCAUCAGCCAAGAGCCAGAUGGGUAUUACCGUAACUCCAUUUAAAGCGUUAAUCCUUUACACUCUUCUGGAUUACUAAUUGACAUAGGCAUGCAUGUAGUUAUUUAUCUCUCUGUCUCAUAUAAAUCUUUUAAAUUUGUACCUUAAUAUACAACUCAUCUUGAAAUGUGAAGCACAAAAAUGCUCUUGAUAUAGACCUUAUUUCAUACUAUGCUGCAUAGAGGGAUUGUUAUGUUCAUGUUGAAAGGAAAUUGUUAGUACUGUACUCCCUCUUUCAACUACAUCUAUUGGUAGUAUCUUCCAAAUUCAUGUAAUUUGUUAGUAGUUUUUAGCAUAACUGCAACUUAUACGUACCGUACAGUAUAUGUUUAUUUUAUUUUCCAGGCUGACUGACGGUGUGUCAUCGAUGGUUUCAUUGCUUUCUUUUUGUGGUAUUUGAAGUUGUGUUGUGAGAACUGUCCAACCAGAAAUCUUGUUUUAUUUUGAUACAAUUUAUUCUCAGAGCUCAUCUGAAAAUGAAUUUGAGAAGGGUCCACUGCCUGACCAUAAAAUGAAACCAUUUAUUUGGUCUUAUCUAGAUUUUCACAGACUUAUUUUCACCCAAACCAUGCCUUAGAAUCCAAGACUAUUGAACAAGAACUCUCUUUCAGAUAUUCAGUUGUGCUAUGGGCUUAAUAUUAUCAUAACCUGCUUUAUAGAGCCAAGACCAGUUGGGCAUUUCUGACUUGAAUACCCAACCAUUUUGAAGUACAAAUUUGCAUAUUCAAACAGGAAGAUUUACGUGGCUUUGUGUUAGUUGUAUUUCACUUCUACCUGUGAAAGUUAUUAUUAUUAUUUUUCAUUUUUCAUUUUUUUUUGGGGGGGGGGGGAUUUGAAGAUAAUCAAAAACUGGUUUAAUUUGCAUGUGUGUUGUGCAAAAAUUAAUCAAGAAUCACCAAUCAUGAUCUUAUUAAAUUUGUGGAUUCAUAGCUUAUUUUGUUGAUUAAUUUUCAUGUAAACUUUGUCAUUAUUAAUGAGAUUUUAUUGUUCAUCAUUAAAUGAAUACAAUUUGAUAUUGUCAUAGUCACUCACACUUAUCUCAUUUUUAUGGUAAAGUCAAACCUGCUUUAAUGACCAAUUGUCUACAAAGACCACAUUUUUUGUUUCCCUGGAAUUGGUUUCUCAUUGAAACAUGUACUAAAUAUAUCUGUCUACUAAGACCACUUUUUGUGUUUGACUGUAGUCAGAAACUUUGUUGAUUUUAGUUUUAAAAUUGUUUACGUUAAAUCUUCAUUUGUCAAAAAUAUAUUUCAUUAUUCUCAAUUUUAUGAAUUUGUUCGUGGUCAACAUGUAUUGUAGACUAUUAUAUCAUUCUUUCAUUAUUGUACAUUAGUAGAAUCAUAUGCAACAGGAUAAUUAAUUGAUUUAUUAAUCAAAUUAUGCAAUUGAUGUCUAGUGAAUUGAAAGUCGGGUUCUAUUGGUUUCUUCUUAUAAAUGCCUUCCAUGCUUGCCUUUGUAUAUUUAUAAAUUUUGCUUCUCAAAAUCAUAUAUUUUUCAAAUCAUGAGAUGCGACUAGAGCUGUUUCCUAGAAACCUUACUUUUUAGUCAAUCAUCAUUUUGAAUACUGUUGCACGUAUUCAUUGAUCAUGAUACUGGCAAAUAAUUACUAGUUGCGGGGAAUUAUAAUAAUAUGUCGAUUUGUUAAAUGACAUGCCACUUGGAUCAACUAUCUAUAGAGAAUGAUCACAAGCCAAAUAAUCUCUCUACAACUUUGAGUGCUAUACAGGAACCCACUAUUAUUAUUAUUGAAGGUGAGAUUGUGGUAGACAUGUUGAUGUACCCAGGCAUAUUCAUGGAAGUUGACUGACCAAUGCAGAGUUAAAACUCCUGAGGGUAGUGGGUUUUUGUUGUUGUCUACUGACAAUUUUGGGGGUGCUUGGUCCCCUUAUGGAAAAAAUGUCAAUAAAUUUAAUUUUGAUGGUUGAGUUGGCAAACAUGAUCUUACUCCUAAACCUAGAAAAAUAUAUGUAGGAAACAAGUGAUAAUGGACGAGUAUAAGUUGUAAGGAGUGCUUCUUUGUCUUUCACGAUAUAAAUUCGCAUGAAUAAAAGUAUGAAUAGCUAUUGCAAAUUA